AUGGCCAAGAAAGUGAGCGUGGCGGAAAUACGCCAACAUGGGACACAACAGGAUAUCUGGAUUGUGGUCAAUGGAGAGGUAUACGACAUGACCGAGUUUGCGCCUGAACAUCCUGGUGGGGAAGAGAUCAUUUAUCAACACGCCGGUCGAGAUGCUUCCACGUCGUACAAAGAGAUACAUUCCCCGUCCUUGAUCAAGAAAUCUUUGCCUACAACAUGCUACAUAGGCAUGCUGGACACAGCGACAAUCGAUGAGGCAUGGAAAGACCAGGAGAAGGUUGCCAAUUCCAAGAUUGACGCUACGGUUGAUGUUUUAUCUGAACCCAAGUUCAAGCCUGAUCUGAGUGAAAUCAUCAACCUGAACGACUUCGAGCGAGUAGCGGAAAGGUUCCUCGCCACUAAGCCUUGGGCAGUUAUUCACACCGGCUCCAACGACAACAUCACGCGCGAUGCAAAUAAUACAUUUCUCAAUCGGAUUUGGCUCCGACCAGAAAUAAUGAGGAAAGUUGGGCAGAUAAAUACUCGUCAGAGAUUAUUCGGGUGUGACCUUUCAUUCCCCAUAUACAUCUCGCCCACAGGAGGGUCCAAGCUCGGAGGCGCUGAAGGCGAGAUCACACUGGCGCGGGCAGCAGCGAAAACAGGCAUAGUCCAAUGUUUUGCUACACCGUCGUCAUAUCCUCAUCUAGAGAUCUUGGGGGCUACGGAGAAGCACGCGUUCUUCCAGCUGUACGUGAACAAAGACCGAUCAAAAUCCGAGGCCGCCAUUCGGGACGCUAUUGCUACCGGUAAGAUCAAGGCUCUCUUUAUAACAGUGGAUGUUCCCGUGAUAUCGAAGCGGGAAGAGGAUGAGCGAGCCUCGUCAAGUUCGGGGUCUGGACAGACAAGAGACAAGAAAGGGGCCGGGUUUGCGCGACUUGCUUCGUCCUUCAUUGACCCCAAUGUUUGUUGGGAUGACAUCAAGUGGCUACGUAGCAUUCUUGGAGAUAUACCAAUCGUGGUCAAAGGUAUCCAGCGAGCAUCCGAUGCACAGAUGGCGUUGGUUGUGGGCUGCGACGGCAUCGUCAUCAGUAAUCAUGGCGGACGGGCUGCCGAUGGUGUAGCCCCUGCUAUUCUAACGCUCUUGGAAGUGAAUAGGGUCUGUCCGGAAGUGUUUCGAGGUAUGAGAGUCCUUAUUGAUGGAGGGUUUAGACGGGGAUCCGAUGUUGUCAAAGCCAUAUGUCUCGGCGCUUCAGCAGUCGGUUUUGGCCGCCCGCUUUUGUAUUCUCUUGGUUAUGGCCAAGAAGGAGUUGAGCAUGCAAUCAACAUUAUAAAGGACGAGAUAGAGACUGCUAUGAGGCUUUGUGGAAUGACGGACUUGAUGCGGGACGCUCACCCUGGUUAUGUCAACACAAGAGACCUGGAUCAUCUAGUCCCUGGGCCAAAAGACCAUCUUCCGAGCAGACGCCCUCUGCCAGAGAGUAAAUUGUAA